CUACAAUUCUAUAUUCCCUUAUUUUGUAUCGUUAAAUACUUUGUGUCCUCAUAAUUAUUGAAAACUCAUAUAUGAUAUGAGAAGGACCUUGCACUGAACCCAUUCCUUUACCUAAUAAUACCCAGAUUCCCCAUCCAUUAUUGCUUGUUCAUUUGCUGCCCCUUGAAAUUUUGAAUUCGGUCAUCUAUAUCUCUCCUAUCUAUCUUAAAGUAAAGCCCUUUCAGUAUAUCCUACAUAUUCAGUAUGGCCGGACAAUCGAAAGAAGCCAUCAUCCCGCCAUGGGGUUUGGCAGUUGCUGGAGCUACAGGAGCUGUAAUUGCAAAUGCUAUGGUAUAUCCUCUGGAUAUGUAAGUUUUGAUCCCUGUUUGAGUGCACAUUCGCAAGGCGGUAUGUAAUUGUUUGCUAUUAUAUCUACGAACCACCGGUAUCUCAAAGCUAAUAUUUCAAUUUUACCAGAGUGAAAACCCGCCUCCAAGUUCAGGUUAAGCGCAAGCCGACCGAUUUAGUACCAACGGGUAAUGACCCUGUCCAUUAUACGUCGACUUGGGAUGCCAUUUCCAAGAUUGCUGCUGAAGAUGGGGUUGGUGGACUUUAUGCCGGUAUCAAUGGCGCUUUGAUUGGUGUUGCUUCGACCAAUUUUGCGUAUUUCUACUGGUACUCAGUCGUUCGGACCUUAUAUCUCUCUUCUCAGAAAUUAGCUACGCCCCCAAGCACCGCGAUAGAAUUAUCCUUAGGGGCUGUUGCCGGAGCUAUUGCUCAAAUCUUUACGAUUCCUGUUGCAGUAGUUACCACUCGUCAACAAACACAAGCAAAGGGUGAGAGGAAAGGGAUGAUAGAUACAGCCCGUGAUGUUAUUAAUAGCGAAGAUGGUUGGACCGGACUUUGGAGAGGUCUCAAGGCAAGCUUAGUACUUGUAGUUAACCCUGCCAUCACAUAUGGCGCAUAUCAAAGAUUGAGGGAGGUUAUUUUCCCGGGAAAAGCAAAUCUCAAACCCUGGGAAGCAUUUGGUAAGUAGGUUAGAUCUAAGGACAAUUCUAAGAGCUAACUGUUGACAGUAUUGGGGGCAAUGUCCAAAUCCCUUGCAACCAUUGUAACUCAGCCUUUAAUCGUUGCAAAGGUUGGACUUCAAUCAAGGCCACCCCCCUCCCGAGAGGGCAAACCGUUCAAGAGCUUCAUCGAAGUAAUGCAAUUCAUUAUUCAUAAUGAAGGAUUAUUAGGUCUCUUUAAGGGCAUUGGCCCACAAAUUACCAAGGGACUCAUAGUUCAAGGCCUCCUCAUGAUGACAAAAGAAAGGUAACCCCAAUCAUACCAACGUUUUUCAGGUCAGACUGAUCCAGGCUAACACUUAUAUAGAAUGGAAUUACUUUUCAUUCUUCUCUUCCGAUAUCUUCGAAAUAUCAGAUCAAAACAGUUGCAAAAGGCGGCCGAUCUUGCAGCAUCGACAGCCAAGCAAGUUCUACCAGUCAUUGCCAAGUAAUUUGAAACGAAUGUCGACCGGGUAAUGGUGGGAAUCAAGUACAUGGAAAUUGUUUUUUUGGUUUUGGGUAGAGGAACCGUAAAGAGGGCGCGAUUUUGAUCGGAGACUCGGAGUAGAUGUGAUAGAACCUUGUACUGUACAU